AUGUCUAAAUGGUCAGAUCACAGCUCAAUGCAAAAAUAUGGAUCUGUUCAUAACAAAAUUGUUUCUGCAAGUAUGCAACAGUUAAAAGAAAACAGAACCUACAUGAUGCAGUUAAUUGAAAUAACAUUGUUUUUAAGUAAACGAGGAAUUGAUUUUAGAGGCCAUAGAAAAAACGAGCUUUCUAUAAACAGCGGAAAUUUUAAAGAAACUUGCCUUAUGAUUGCUAAAUUUGAUGAAAUGUUUGCAAAUCAUUUUCAUUAA